GUUGCCUGUCCUGACACCGGUUCUCAACAAAAUAUCCGAUCGAAGGAGAGACAGCAACGCAGCUUGGGAUCCUAGACCAAUUAGACUCGAGCCGCUCGGGCAAGGUCAUUUUGGGUAAUGGCAGGGAUGUGCAGUCUCUAGGAACUGUUGACAUGGAGCUCCAUUUCCACCAGGAGGCCGAAAAUGUUGACCAAAUGCAUGUUCCAUGUGUUUGAAAGCUUGAUACGACCCGCAAUUCUAGGUAGUGUUUUUCUGAGAUAUACCGAGACUCUGACAAAGCAUCGCCGACUCCGUCUGCGCGAGAGAAAUGUACAAAUUUCGUCUCUUUUGCAGGUCAUGCACGUUAGCGCAGCCAGGGAAAGGUUCAGAUGCUAUGUGGAUAACAACCUGGUGGGUGCAGACGCCGACACCGGCUCUGGAAUGGAGCUU